CAGAGCUGGCUUGGUUGAGUGAUUUUCGAGUCAUUGGAGAGAAUCCGGAAGCCGAAGGUCCAAAAUUUGGAUCUCGGGCCCAGCAGUUGAUUAUGAAAACGGCGCCAUGAACUAUGAACCCGGAGACCCUCCAGACCCUGCGCUUCCUGAACCUGGCGACGUUAGCGUAUACCAAUGGGACGAUGAUGAGCCCUGGGCCGCCCCUUUCCAUACAUGUUGCCGCGAAGUGCUGUGUCGAUAUUUGUCCAUUUCAGUGUUUCAUCUCGACAAGGAAGUCUUCUUCGAGACGUUACAUAGCAUGGCAGAGAAGGACCCAUAUGCGACAAGCCUCGAGAUUGACUAUGGCGACGUCAGUGACGGAAUGGAGCAGUACUGGUGGACCGAAAGGGACAUGGAGCAUUUCGUCUUCAACCCAGUGGAGGUGAAGGGUUUGAAGGGGUUCUUGGCAAAUCUACCGCAACGAAACGUGUCUAUUGACAGACUAGCGACGGCUUUCAGCAUAAGGGGAGAUCCAUUUGCAACACUUCCGCCAGAUAUCCUGUUGAUCAUCAUGACGCAUCUGAAGAAAAUGGCAACAGUUUUCGAGGUUCGACGGGCAUCACCUGCCUUUGCCAAUCUUGAAUUGACCAACAGCUUUUGGAGAAAUCGUCUCCAUUCUGACAUGCCGUGGUUGUGGGACCUGCCGGCCGCCAUGACCGAACAACAGAGAAACGAGACAGAUUGGCAGUUUGUUUAUCGCAAGCUCUAUUGGGGGAGUAAGGGCUUCUCCCAAAAUAAAAACAAGAUAUACGGUCUGUGCAACAGACGAAGAAUCUGGGAACAGUUGUGCCCAAUUUUUGCGGAUGCGUAUCUGAAAAUUGAGGCUUGUCCUGGCAGGCUACGUGCCAUCACUCCUACGAUCCUCGAUGGAGCAUCAAACCUUAGUAUAGGUAGCUAGUUACAUCCGCGCUUCCACAUUCUGGGCAGAAUGACAGAAAUUCUUAUAGAUCACCACUCGGAGUCAAGAUGCCGCGAAUAUUGUGACUAGCGGGUCUGUUAGAGGGGAAUGGGAGAGGGAACACGCCAAUGGGGACCUGGGUGUGCAAGUUAGGGAAUUCAUUGAUUUGAUUAAUACCGAGAUAAUUCAUAACUCAUAAACCAAGCACAAUUCCAAAUAUUCAAUUCAAGAUGGUAAAAUGUCGAGAAAAAUGCCGAAUCGCAUUGGACUACUAAGAAUCAAGUGUGCGCGCUUUCAGUCUGAAAUCGAUAUGCAAAUAGCCGCCUCCAAAUCCCCAAUGCACUGAUAACCUAGAGAAGAAAUUUUCGUUACUCAGGCUUCUUGGCGUAUACCGAAUACCUAUGGCCACGAUUAGAUCUUGCUCAAAAGCAACGAUGCACUCCUACGAUAGAUUUGAACAGGAA